AUGCCUAGAGCUACAAAUUAUAUUCUGAUUGUAGUCAUUACAUCACUGUUAUUAGGAUCAUGUGAUGCAAGUUUCCUAAAGAAAGCUUGGGAUGGUUUUGUAGAGAGAUUCCUAAAUGGGGAAUUCUGGUUUGAUUUAUAUUUAGCUGUUUACAAAUGGUUACGAAGUUGUUUACUGAAUACUGAUAAUCUUCGUGAAGUAUUAUUCCCAAGACGUUAUUACGAAUCAAGUAGCUUUCAGCUAAGUGAUUUACUGAAACUACUCAUGCGUCGAUAA